AUGACCACCACCAGCACUUCUGCCCGGAGCCAGUCGAGCGGGGCCAAAACUGGGGCGCUGGUAGGGGGCCCCGGUCAGGGUGGCAAGCAGUGCGCGAACGCGACCGCCGCUGAGGAUUUCUACGUGCACACGACUCCAGGCAAGAGGACGCGCCGUCCAGCGACGACUAAAAAGCGCUCGAAGAAGCCCGGCACAGAGCCCUGGUGCGACGAAGCGGAAGACGAGCCGACGACGCCGCAGCUGCCGUGUCGCACCAGACCGGGAGGCCACGGAGCGACGUCCUCCACGCAGCAGGGGAACACGUCUCUGACGGCCAGCACGAUCGUCCGGACAAAACGAAAGAUGCCAACGAAGGAGACAACGACGCCAGUGAUCACGGCCACUUCCGGUGGUGUGGCUACCAGCACUGCCACAGCCUCACCGACGACGCGCGCGCCUGGUUUCCCGGUGGUCGAGGAGGAGACCAUUCCACCCACCGUUGAACCUAAGACUCGUUAUCGGCGCAGCACCAGCAGCGCCAGCACAGUCGCCAGCACAGAGUCCACCACAACUACCAGUGAGAACCUGUUGUACCAACUCAUACAGUGCACGUCUGGUUGCAAUUACGGGUCUGUAAUUACUGCACUCUUCAUCGAGUUUCAUCUCGGUGCAGCGACUCGGACGCCCCUGGUGUGCACCGUGGGCGGCGGCGCACUCGCGUUCACCGCUUACCCAUCGCCUACCGUGUGCAGCUACGUGUUCUUCACGCACGUUCUCGUUUCCGGCGGGAAGCUGCGAGGCUCCGAGUCCGGCGAAGGCUUUGAGGACUUUGUGCGCUCGCUUAGGGAGGACGAGCUUGCCGAGAAUGCCGGUGGCGUGUCCUUCGACGCACGGUACCUCAACGCAACGUCGUUGGAUGAUGGUGCGGUCAAGCUGGAACUGGAAGAUCUGGCCGCCAAUAAUAUCAGGCACUACGGCAUCCUCAACAUUAUCUCUCUAGCGAGCUACAUACCUACGCUUGUGGCCACUGUCGGAACUGUUGUGACGAAACUAAGGACGCUGCAGGGAGGUGACCGAUCCGCGCACCUCGUGCUGGCGGCAGGUAUCUGGAACUACAACUUGUCCAGCGCCUGGGCCACCUACCAGGCGCAGUUUGGUGUGCUGGCCAGCUAUGACGUGGACAUCGUCAUCAGCAUCAGCAGCGUACAAACCAUGCCGUUGAGCGAGCGUUGCCAGGUGGCGCCACCCACCGUCUGGAAGACAACUAGCGCCGCCUACCCGGGAUUCGACAAGCAUGCGACGCUGCUCCUAAACUCGACCGCGUACUCGCGCCCCGACCUCUACGUGGGGCUGUCCUUCGAAAUGGGCGUCCUCCUGUACCAGCUGAAGGACCCAUCCACGCCUCGGGAAAGGGUGCCAUAUGCGCCCUGCACCGAUUUUGCGUUGGUCGGGUACGAGCAGGUGUGUGAUCCAAACGUGAUCCUAAGCCAUAUGGACGAGUUGCCGGCGGAGUUUGGAGCGAGCUCGUCUUCGGUCUUCUUCUACGACAGCUGGGAGACCAUGAAGCGCAAGGUGGACAGCGUGAUGAAGCUUCCGGUGCGCAAGAAAAUUGCGUGGCUCCUGUUCGACACUCACCUCUCUGACGUUACUUGGGACUGCACCGAGGCCAAGGAGCGAGAGGAGGCACUCAAGGAGCACAUAGCAAGCUUCGGCUGACGUCAUGCGCGUAACUUCACCGAAGAGGCCGGAGUAGUAAA